CCGGAAGUGAAGCCCUUGUGUCGCGGCUUUCUCGCGGGAUUUCCGCGCGUGUCCUUCAUCGCAGACAUGGGCUACUGGGACCUGCCGGAGGGCACCGACUGCGUGCAGAAGACCUGGAUCACCACCAAACUGGCCACCGCUCUGGGCCUGGUGGGCUCGGCCUAUCACAUCGUGGCGUUCCAGCCCGACUCGGUGCUCGCGGCGGCGCAGCGCGCCGCUAGCGCCACCGCCACCAUGGCCGCGCUGGGGGCCGUGUUCGGGAUGACGACGUGCCUCAGCGCGCAGGCCCGCGACGCCCCGGACGACCCCGUCAACUACUUCAUCGGCGGGUGUUCCUCAGGGAUCCUGCUGGGGGCCCGCACCCACAGCGCGGUCACCGGGACGUCCGCCUGCCUCGGGUUGGGAACCCUGGCGUUCUUCACCAAAGUGGGGAAGAUGGAGGGGUGGAACGUCAGCGCGCCGCCGCGGCUCUAGCUCGUUGUGUAAAGUAUUUAAAGUGUAAUAAAAACUGUGUGAAACCUG